AUGGUGAUAUGGGGAUGGAAAAUGUUGAAUUGGGUGUGGAUUAGGCCGAAAAAGAUUGAAAAACGGCUUAGGGCGCAAGGCCUAGCCGGAAACCCUUACCGGCUGCUUUAUGGUGACACCAACGACAUGGCCGCCCUGAUCAAGGAGGCGAAAUCCAAGCCGAUCAAACUCUCCGACGACGUCGUGCCGAGGGUUUUGCCACUACACCACCACAUUAUCAAUAAAUACGGAAAAGCAUCCUUCAUAUGGAUUGGACCAGUUGCAAGAGUAUUGAUAAUGGAGCCUGAGCUUCUAAAGAAAAUCUUGAUCAACAACCACAUUUUCAAGAAGCCAACACACAACCCUCUUGCUCAGUUUCUUGUCUGUGGAUUAGCUGGCUACGAGGAUGAAAAGUGGGCUAAGCAUAGAAGAAUCAUUAAUCCGGCUUUCUACGUCGAAAAGCUCAAGCACAUGGUGCCUGCGAUGCACACGAGUUGUGAUGAAAUGAUAAGAAAAUGGGAAGAGUUGGUGGUGGAUGAGGGGGCAUUCAUAGAAAUAGAGGUGCAGUCACAUUUUGAGGAUUUAACCACUGAAAUUAUAUCAAGAACAGCUUUUGGAAGUAGACAUGAAGAGGGAAGGAGGAUUUUCGAGCUCCAGAAAGAGCAGUCGGAGCUCACGCGCCAAGUUCUGCAGUCCGUUUACAUCCCCGGGUGGAGAUACAUCCCAACGAAGAGAAACAGGAGAAUGAAAGAGAUCAACAAUCAACUCUGCCGGCAGCUGAGGGGCAUCAUCAACAAACGAGAAGAGUCGAUGAGAAAGGGAGAAUUCGCGGACGAUGACUUGCUAGGCAUCUUGCUGAAGUCGAACGAGAGAGAGAUACGCGAGAAUGAUGGAAGCAGCAGUGCCGGGAUGAGCAUCGAGGAAGUGGUGGAGGAAUGCAAGACUUUCUAUCUAUCCGGGCAAGAGAGCACAUCGAAUCUCUUGUCGUGGACGAUGAUGUUGUUGGGCGCCCAUCCGACGUGGCAGGAGCAAGCUAGGGAUGAGCUUUUUAGGGUUUUUGGAGAUGGAGAGCCUCAUUUUGAUGGAUUGAAUCGUCUCAAAGUUUUGACGAUGAUUUUGCACGAGGUUCUAAGACUAUACCCUCCAGCAAUAAUAUUCAACCGCAUCCUCGAAAACGAGACGGAGCUCGGGAACAUGACCCUCCCCGGCGGAGUGCACGUGCUGCUGCCGAUCAUCCUGAUCCACCGCGACAAGCAGCUGUGGGGCGAAGACUCGGACGAGUUCAAGCCGGAAAGAUUCUCCGAAGGAAUCGCCAAAGCAACACAGAAUCAGCUCUCCUUCUUCCCCUUCAGCUGGGGCCCUAGGGUUUGCAUCGGCAACAAUUUUGCCCUAAUUGAGGCCAAGAUGGCUCUGGCUAUGAUCCUCCGCCGCUUCUCGUUCGAGCUCUCCCCGGCUUACGCGCACGCGCCGUCGUUCGUCGUCUCGCUCCAACCCCAACACGGGAUUCAUCUCACCUUAAGGAGACUCCAUAAAUGA